AUGGGCAAGAUUAUCUUCUACGAGGAGAGAAACUUCCAGGGCCGCAACUAUGAGUGCAUGAGCGACUGCCCUGACAUGUCCCCCUACAUGUCCCGCUGCCAGUCCUGCAGGGUUGAGAGCGGCUGCUUCAUGGUGUAUGAGCGCAACAACUUCAUGGGCCAGCAGUUCUUCAUGAGGAGGGGAGAGUACCCUGACAUGCAGCGUAUGAUGAGCAUGGGCAUGAUGUUCGACAACAUCAGGUCCUGCAGAAUGAUCCCCAUGCACAGAGGAUCCUUCAAGAUGAGGAUCUACGAGAGGGAGAACUUCGGAGGUCAGAUGCACGAGAUGAUGGACGACUGUGACUCUAUCCAGGAGCGUUUCCGCAUGUCCGACUGCCAGUCCUGCAACGUGAUGGACGGCCACUGGCUGAUGUACGAGCAGCCCCACUUCAGAGGAAGGAUGAUGUACAUGAGGCCUGGAGAGUACAGGAACUUCAGGGAGAUGAGCAUGGGAAUGGGAGGCAUGAGCCAGGGAUCCAUGAGGUUCAUGAGCAUGAAGCGUAUCAAUGAUAUGUGCAAUUAA